AUUAAUGCAGCUAAUGUCAACUUCACAAUUAGGCAUCUCCAUCGACUAUUGCUUCAACCAUAUUGCAUCUCUCUCUCUCUCUCUCUCUCUCUCUCUCUCUCUCUCUCUCUCUCUCUCUGUGGUUGGCCCAUUCCAUCUUUAAGUCCAACUCCACCCUCCUUCCUCCUCUUCAAAAUCUCCAUUUCUCCUCCACUCUGCAAACCAGGAGAGAGAGAGAGAGGCAAUAUCUCAUUUCUAGCUAGCUCUGAAAAUGAAGAACGUCAACAACAACACAAAACUCAUCCUGCUCCACCCCUACAUUCAGAAACAAGGAAGCUCCAACCGCCUCUGGCUCAUUGCCUUUAUCUCCUGCCUCACCAUCGCCUUCCUCCUCACCCUCAUUUACACCCGCGAAUCCAUCUCCAUUCCCAUCCCUAUCCCCAUCUCUACCACCCCCGCCGCCGCAACUACCGCCGCAGCCACCUCCGCCUCUGCCACGCCCUCCAAUUCCCCGUUGCCCAAAGCCGUGGCCAGCGCCCUCCUCCACUACGCCUCCACCUCCAACGCCACCGGGCGCAUGUCCCACGACGAGCUCAAAACCAUCUCCGCCGUCCUCCGCCAGUGCUCCUCCCCCUGCAACCUCAUCGUCUUCGGCCUCACCGCCGAAACCCUCCUCUGGCGCGCCCUCAACCACAACGGCCGCACCGUCUUCAUUGACGAGAACCGCUACUACGCUGCUUACUUCGAGGAGAAGCACCCGGAGGUGGACGUGUACGACGUGCAGUACACCACCAAGGUAAGAGAACUGAAGGAGCUGCUGUGGUCGGCGAAGGAGCAGAUCCGGAACGAGUGCCGGCCGGUGCAGAACCUGCUGUUCUCUGAGUGUAAGCUGGGACUCAACGACCUCCCCAACAACGUGUACGAGGUGGAGUGGGACGUGAUUCUGGUGGACGGACCGAGGGGGUACUGGCCGGACGCCCCCGGCAGGAUGUCGUCGAUCUUCACCGCCGGCGUCCUGGCGAGGAGCAAGAAGGGGAACUCGAAGACGCACGUGUUCGUGCAUGACUACAGUGGGGAGGUGGAGAGGGUGAGCAGCGAGGAGUUCUUGUGCAGGGAGAACCUCGUGGAGUCUAAGGAAAAUCUUGGUCAUUUCGUUCUCGAGAAGAUGGACGAGAACACUUUCCAGUUCUGUCGGAACAGUACGUCGUCGUCGUCGUCGACGUCGUGAUUGCCAUUAACUGGUGGGGAAAUGUCGAAUGGUACAGAAAGGUUGUUCGAGGUGGUUAUUUAUGGCCAAUCAUUCUUUUGAAUUAAUCUUUCUCUUUUGCCUUCUUUUGGCGGGGCGGGGGCUUGUUAAGAAAAUUUCAAAAUAAUAUUGUUUUGCAGCUGCGAGUAAAAUGGCACUUGUUAAUGAAAUCAAAUGUUCUUUU